AUUUAGAGGGGAAGGCGCAAGACAAGCUGUCCAUUUAUCCUGGAGUUCUGUUUAUUUUAUUAUUAGAUCAACCUUCAUGGGUUAUUUUACGUAAACAAGGAAGGGAUUUCCCCAUCUUAUAUCCGUGUUCAUAGCCACACCGAGGGAAGGGCUGCGUAAGCUUUCUUCUGUCCGGGCAACAUGUGUAACGUGGAAAAAACGAAGCUUCCCAUAAUGCAAACGUGCACACGCGCCGCACUUGCAUGGAGAGGAAGCCGAGAACUACAUUUCCCAAAUGGCAUUGGGGCUGAAAGUCUCAUGUGCGUCCCCUCCCCCUCCAUGAUUUCUAAGCGGAGGUAAACAAACUGUGAAAGAGGCAGGGACGUACAAUAUCUGCUGCAGAAGGCGGAGAAAGCGAUAGAUCUUUGGGGAGAGGGCUUGCACGAUGGAUGCAGGGGCAGCAUCGAGAUAGAGGAGGCGAAAAGUGUGGGUCCACGGAGGAAAAGGGCAAUAGGGGGCAGAAUGCAGGACUAGAUUUAGAAGAGGUUAGAGGACAGAAUAAAUGUUUGGGGCACUGAGAAAAGGGUAUGAAGCUGGGUCGGGCGCAGUGCUAGAGAUUUAAAGGAGAAGAAGACGAAUAGCCAAGACCAAAGGGGAUACAGUCGGGACCAGGAGUUGUGGGAAAGGUCUGUGUUAGUGCCUAGAGGUAAAGGAAAGAGAUCUUUUUGAAGUAGGAUGUGGCCAUGAGUCAGGGUAACUGCUGCAGUAGUUGUUCAAUUCUUCUUUACGCCUCACUGAUUAACUUCGUAGAAGCAGGACGAGAGGCACCCUUUCUCCAAGUUACUCGUUUCCUACCUUAUUCUUUUUCUCUAUUGGAAAAAUCAGAGAACUAAGGUCUAUUUCACCCAUAGUGCCAGGGCAAGGCAGCAAAGUCCCCUUCACAAUUGUUCGGGGGAAAGGUCUCAUCCAUCCCAAGGGCUAUGGAGCGUGUAGAGAUGAUCAACAUCCAGCGCCUUUUGGAGGCAGCCGAAUACCUGGAUCGCAGAGACCAAGAGUGUGAACAUGGGUAUGCCUCAGCCUUCCCUUCCAUGACAAGUCUUGGGCUGCAGGACCCAAAGCCACUGCAGAGACUGAGCCGGUCACGAAAGCAUAGCAGCGGAGGCAACAGCACAGGCACCACAAACAGGUCUACGCACAAUGAACUAGAAAAGAAUCGACGAGCCCAUCUCCGCCUAUGUCUAGAACGCUUAAAAGUUCUGAUACCAUUAGGACCUGACUGCACCAGACACACAACCCUUGGAUUGCUUAACAAAGCCAAAGCACACAUUAAGAAACUUGAAGAAGCCGACAGGAGAAGCCAGCAUCAGCUUGAGAACCUGGAAAGAGAGCAAAGGUUCCUAAAGCGACGAUUGGAGCAGUUGCAAAGCCCUCAGGACAUAGAGCGAAUACGAAUGGACAGCACUGGAUCAACCAUGUCCUCAGAUCGCUCUGAUUCAGAGCGAGAAGAAAUUGAAGUGGAUGUGGAAAGCACAGAGUUCUCCCAUGGAGAUGUGGAUGAUAUCAGCACAACCAGUACAAGUGACAUUGAUGAUCACAGCAGCUUGCAGAGCAUUGGGAGCGAUGAGGGUUACUCCAGCGCUAGUGUCAAGCUCUCCUUCACUUCCUAGAGCCUGGUGCUAGAGCAGAGCAACUGGUUUCUUUGGGGCAACUGAGUUUCAUAUGGCAGAGCUCUUAAGAUACAGUAUUUUUCUUACCCAACCCACCCUUCAACAGCUAAGCUUGGACAGACACAACUUUAGAAUAGCUCCAUGUGUCCAUGGAAGAGUGGGAACCUAGCAAGGGAACCAAUUAAUCUUUAUUUGACCAUAAUCCAAAAUUUUUGACUUAGUGCUAAACUUCAGUUAAUUUCAAAUCCAGGACACCAUUCCAGUUACAUAUAGCUGGACUGAGAUUUUCCCAUCAGCAAUGGAUACCUGAAUUGAAAGAUGGAUUGGAUGGGAAACUUGGCUGUUCAGGUGCUUGCAUUUUAAUUUGUCACAGUUGUGGUUUUUUUCCUUCCCAUGUUCAAAAUUAACAAACUUGUUAUAAGACCCUUGUGGUGCUAAUAAUAAAUAAUAUAAAGUAUGUCCAAUAUCUAUGAUAAUCUAACAUAUCUGGGAUGGCUAUAUGUUGGUCCCAAAUGAUGGGAUAAAGUAGCCACGGUAAUAUAGUUCAUUGGAUGAACCACUUCCAAUGCAUUUGCACAAUACUUUGAAGUUAUUUUUUUUAAGCUCCUUUUUAAAAUUCUUUAAAUUCCAUCAAAGAAUUUUUUUCCCCUUUAAUAUAACUAAGCAGUUAAAUAGAUUUCCUGUAGCCUCACCAGCAAAAGUUAGUCCAGUCAGCAUCUUUUAUUAACUGGAUAUCUCCAGCCGUCUUUGAUCAUUAUUAUCUGAGAAAUGUAAUAAUAGCAAGAUGCUCUGCUUAUAUCUUAUGAGAGGUGCUGCAAAUCUGAAAGCACUUCCCAUUCAGCUCAGUGUUUCAGCUGGACAUGGUUUCAGGGCAAGAAACUUGGGCUGUAUGAUUUUUACCACUAGAUUAUUGAGUUGUAGCAGGCCACCACAGGUGCAACCGUGCUCUGGAUUCAAUGGCUGAGCUAGAAUGAUUCUCCUGAUACAGAGAGUGAGACCAGCCUGUAAAACAAGUGAUGAAGUGCAGAAAAGACACAAGUCUCCAUUCUGAGCCACAGUUACCUAUUUUUUUCUUUUGCAAAUUAUUUUGAUAAACAUUUGUAAACGUUUGGAUGAGAAAACCUAUACGUGACAAUGUAUUUCUAGAUCUCCUAGGCAUGAUCCUGCAAAUCUCUUUUAUAAUUAACACCAAUUGAAAGGGACUUGUUUUUCUGCUGCCAUGCACAAGAUGAACAGGGACUCUUCUUGGUUUUAUGGCUCUACCUUUUGGAUUCCCUUUGCAGACUUUGGCACCUGGAUUUCUAAUAUAAUCUUGGGUCCAUAGCUAAGAAGCAUCUCGACGUAGCAAUUUGCUAGGUUGAUUCCAAUUUCUCCUGAGCAGAAACUGUUGUUGUUUUGCAGUUAAAGAAUAAGAUUGUAUCCAAUGUUUUUAUCAUUGUUUUUAUUUUGAACUUUCUAACCUGCACUUUGAGGUCUCUGCUUCUCUUUUAGCUUUUUAACCACAGAGAUACUUAUUACUGUUCCUUUACCAAGUUUAAACUUUAUUCUUUAUUUUGAGACUUCAUUUAUGACACUUAUUUGAGGAUUUGGUUUGGGGGGUGGUGGUAGUAAUUUGCCUGUUCCCCCAAUUACUAAGGGAAAAACAUGAAAAGUAAAAAAAAAUGCUUUAUAAACUCAUAACUUAUUGCUGAUUAUAAUUACUGGUUGUUAAUUUCAGUCCUGUAGAUCUUUUAAUUUUAUUGUUUAGAUAGGACUGGGUGACAAAAAUAAAACAAAAUAACCUCAUUUAGCAGUACAGUGGAAUUGUGUUUAAAUGUUAGCAUAUGUUUCUGCUUAAUAGUAGCACUUUAAUACCAUUAAACAUUUCUGUAUCUGAAAUACAUUUGUUCUGCCAUGUUGGUCACUCAUGAGACUCAUGUUGUUUGUGCCUGGAAAAAACAAUCCUCCAUUAGCCAUGUGAUUAGAUACCCCCAAUGACUUCUCCUGUAGAUCUUGUCUCAGUACUGUUAUGUUGUGUGAUUUAACCCCAAUGUGUUAGGCAUUUGCCCCAGAACUAUUAUUAUAUUGUAUAACCUACCACUUUAGGACCUGUGACAUGUAUUAGAGACAUCAUGCUGCCAGGUUUUAUAGUGUGUUCAUAGCUGGGGUUUUAAUUCUUAUGUUCAUUAAAAUCUGGUUGCAGUUACACAUCUCUCUCCCCUAUGGAAUUAAAACUAAGUACCACCAGUUUAUAUGGUAACCUCUCCCUCUAGUGGCUGAAAUAGGAAUGGUUAGUUUUAGAUAAUGAGAGUAAAAAUUUCAAUAAGAACUUUUUAUAAUUCUGAGGCCUAUUAAUAUGGCUAGUGUUUUAGUGCAAUUUGGUGGGAGUGCAAGAAUGAACACUGAAAACUCAAAUGAGCUGUCAAUCCUAAUCUAUGAUUUCUUAUCCCAGCAAAAUAAACUUGUUUCUGUGAAUUCAGAUGCAGAAACUUACUUAAAAGAGUAUAUUUUCUCUAAGCAAAAAGGCCUGACUUCAAAUUUUAAAUGCUGUCUUCACUAGUCCACUGGGUCAGUGUGUUAGAACUAGAAAGGCAGGGCUGGAUAAUCACUUCUAAUACACUAUCAAUACAGGAGACAGGCAAGAACCUGAUUGGAGAAACCUGAUAUAGUGGCUUGCAUGAGAAAAUAAUUUCAAGAAGAAAGGCUGAAGCAACAGCCUUGACUUAAAGUCUGGAAAGUUUGCUUUAAAGAAUGCACAGCUUCUAGCUUAAAUUAGGAUCAUGUGAAAAUGAUUCUGCACCAAUUCCCAAUAAAGUAUGUUUAGUCUUAAUUCAAAACCAUUUAAUCAUUCACCUUAUGUCAUAAUCUUCUUUGGUGUAUUUGACUUGGUAAAUAAGAAACUAUAAUCAGGAUAGACAUCUCUGGAGAUAAUACUCUUUCUGUUUUACCAAGUGGAAAAAAGUAUUACAUCAUUUAUUGAGUAGGGUGUACUGCAGCCAGCCUGUCAUAAUCUAUUGAGAGGACAUACUAUAUAAUUUUCAUAAAUGUGAAACCAUGUCCUUCAUUAUCCUUUUGCAUUUUGGGAUGUUAUACUUGUUCCUUAUCUUCAAUUCACAACCUCAUAUUUUUUUUUCCCACCAUACAAAAAUUGGAUUCUGGUUUGGAAUAUAAGCCUAUGCAAGUUUACUUAGAGGUAAAUCCCGCUAUGUUCCAUGGGACUUACUCCCAUUUGUAUCUGCAUCAAAUUAAGCCUUAGAUUCAGACAUGAGGUUGUAUACACUUUUGCAUUUAAAAUGCAGGGUAAUUUUUUUAUAUAAUGGGAGUGGUUGUAUCGGCAUCCAAGCAGGGCAGUCUGAGGCAAAACCUAUUUUUCUGCUUUGGAAAAUCUCUUCUGAAGGUGGCAUUAGCUUUGGAGAAAAAAAAAAUGCCGCCAGUUCAAGAUCAUCUAUGCAUCUUGAUGUUAGCCACCUCAAAAGGCUAAAUAGAAAUGCUAUUCUCUUACAUGUUAUGCUUUUAUAAUAAGCAGUUCAGACAGCCAUCCUAGUAUGAUCUGAAAAAGUCACAUUUACCGAUACAUCAUUCCAGAUCUGUGCCCUUAUCUUCUACUUGGCAAUACUGUGUGUAUGAGAAGAAUGAUUCUGUAUUUUAAUGGGAAAAAAAAAGAUGCACGAGGGCAUUUAUACUUGUUACAUUAAAAAAAAACAGGAUUCCUAUAAAGUUAUUAAAUUUUCACUUAUGGCAAGUAAAAUUGUUGUCCUUAUGGCUUAUACUGCUUCAGGCUGAGAUGUUUUGUAUUUCCUAGCUCUACUAAAUGAAAAUUUCCAAGACUGAAACAGAAUUUAUAUACAUUUUACUUAAAUAUGUAUAUUGGAUGUUUUUAAUGGAUUAUUUAGAGAGGUGUCCGCUGUAUCUAAAUUUACAUCAUUUGUGUCUAUUUAUGUGAAUGGUAUAAUUUGCAGUAAAACUUCAAUUAUAUUAGAUAAAUUA